AUGAAUGAGGUUCUUAAUCUGUAUGCUGAAUUCUGUGCAAUUAAGUCUCAUCCUCUUGUAACCACUGUUCAAGCCGCAGGAGGUCCCAAGCCGCACACUCAUGCCUGUGGUCUGGCGGUAUCUGAUAUAGAUUCAACCCUUUUCACUCACCUAUUUUGUGCAUUUGCAGAUCUUGAUCCCCAAACCUACCGAAUUACAGUUUCCUCCUCAAACAAUGCCCAAUUCUCUCAAUUCACAAAAACUGUCCAACUUAAAAACCCUUCAGUUCAAACCCUUUUGUCAAUUGGUGGUGGAAACUCUGAUAAGGCAGCUUUUGCUUCAAUGGCAAGCAAUUCUGCUUCUCAGAAAACUUUUACCGAUUCAUCGAUAAACUUGGCCAGAUCUUAA